AAGGGUCUCCUAUGGCUUGGUUGUUCAGCAGGCUUUAGUGCAUUCAUAAGGGAUCAUCUAGACAACUGCGAUACGUACUCGGCCAUGAUUGCUUUUGAUCGUUUUUCUGAGUUUUUGGUCGGACAUUUUAAUUACCAACUGAGUAUAUACACCGAAAAAGUGUCUUCAAGUGCUUGGAUGUAACGUUAGAUGUCUAACUGCAGUUAUGUAGCCGUGUGGUGAAUGGAGGUCACAGCUUCAUCAUGGCUAGAAAGCGAAGAAGGCUCGCAAAAGCAAAACAGCAGAGGGGAACCACUCACAUGACAACAAGCGGGCAAGAAAUCAACAUGGGCUCAAACGUCACAAUUGUACCAAGGAAAACGACUGAUGAGCACCCAAUGGAGUUCCAUCAUUCGACCCUGUCUUUCUCGCCCUCUGGAAUCGUCUCCUCCAUUAAAAACCUUAUAUGGUCUGCCCCUGUGAAGUCAGACAUCGCAUGUAAGAGGAAGCGAGAUGCAACUGAAGAUAACACCUUUAUCUCCUCAACGCCCAUGUCCAAACCCAAGAGGACCAAGACAGAGCCCACUAUGGUGGUCGAUGAAUGUAACAACAAUACAAUACCGAAGAAUGCGAUGGCAGCUAAGUCUGUAACUUCAGCGGAUUUUGAUAGUCCGCCUCGGACCACACUCCUUGGAACUAUUUUCAGUCCUGUCUACCAGUUCCUCUGCAAUGGCUUGACUGCUGAAAACAAGGAAAACCUACCCAAAGUGGCAGAGAGGCUAGACAUGGACUCUGUGCCCGCUGACUCCAUCUGUCAAGAGGCAGCCGUUCCUAACGUCCCAGAGAACGAUGUCACCACAACGAGUGCCGAGUUACCACCUGGCUUAGCCUCAACAGCAGAGGGCAGCACACAUGCUGAAGAAGAGAAAGAAGAAGACGAGGAGGAGGAGGAGGAAGAAGGGGAGGACAUUGAAGUUGAAGAUGAGCAUGAUAAGAUGAUUACAGAUUCCAAUCACAAUGAGGUGACGCAAUGCUCCUUAUCGGCCUGCAACACCUACGUGGAAGAAGAUGACUCUCUGGACUCGGACUACUCACUUGAAGAAUGGGAGACGUUUGAUCCGUAUUACUUUAUCAAGCAGCUGCCUCCAGUCUCUGAGGAGGUGAUGAAUCGUCAGCCAGCCCUCCCUCUGAAAACAAGGAGAGCACCUGAAUACUCACUGGUUCUGGAUCUGGAUGAGACACUUGUUCACUGCAGUCUGGCUGAGAUGGAGAACUGCACCAUGUCAUUUCCAGUUGUCUUUCAAGAUGUCACUUACCAGGUGUACGUUCGGACAAGACCUUUCUUUCAUGAGUUUUUGGAGAGGAUGUCUAAGCUGUAUGAGAUCAUUCUCUUUACGGCCUCCAAGAAAGUGUACGCAGAUAAACUCUUGAAUCUCCUCGAUCCCAAGAAGAAACUGGUCAGGCAUCGGCUGUUCAGAGAGCACUGCAUCUGUGUCCAGGGGAACUACAUCAAAGAUCUGAACAUCUUAGGAAGAGACUUGACGAAGACGGUGAUUAUUGAUAACUCACCGCAGGCAUUCGGAUAUCAGCUAGAGAAUGGAAUCCCAAUAGAGAGUUGGUUUGCUGACGAUAAUGACGUUGAACUUCUCAAACUCGUCCCGUUUCUGGAGAGUUUGGUAUCGAUGAAUGAGGAUGUCCGCCCUCACGUCCGAGAGAAGUUCCGACUUCAUGAAUUGCUACCCCCAGACUAAUCAGACCUGGCUUCCCCCACCAGAUAGCUUGUACAGAAAUAUGUGUUCUAGACAAAAUGAAAUUUUACGAAGAAAACAAAACAAAAAAUAAAAACCUUUAAAAAAAAAAUUAACAUAAUAAAACAACCACGGUGUUGAUUAGGAAGAAAAUUUUUACUUUUUUUAAUCGGACGGGAGAGAAGAAUAGAGUAAUAACCGAGUGAUGUAAAGAUUUCAGAUAAACAGAGACCGUGUUAUUCUUGUAUGGAGUGACCCUCGUGUGGGGCACAUUUUUUCUGUGAGUUCUUAACCACGUUUCUAGAUUUUAGAGGAAAAAACUAUUAUAGGCUUUUUAACGUUGUGUAAAGUUUAUGCUGUUGUAAAUAAUUACAUAGAUUCUUAUCUUUGACGCCCAGUAGUCGGACACUUCUAGUUGUUGGGAUUUUUAGGUGGAAGUUUUAGUUAUUUUUUAGAGGUGAGUUAUCACCGCAUAAUCCGAGUCCAAAUUCAGAUGAGGAAUAGUCCAACUCAAAUUGUUGAAGGUAUUAGCUGCGUUAGGCAAUGAUGCAUCUCAAAAUGGUUUGUUUGUUGUUAGGGUUUGACUUCGAAAACGUAUUCCUUCCAAUCAUGGUAAGUAACCGGAAUGAGAUUUAUUUGUUGUUGUUUUGUAAUGAUUUCAGGAUUUUUGUCAUUGAUCUCUCUGCUCGUGCAGAAUUUCUUGAAAGAGGAAAUGUUGUCAGACCGGAGAUGAAAGACUUUGGCCUUAUUAUGACCAGACCUUCAGAUAUCUUUAUUAAAAUUAUGUAGAGAGUCUGCAAACCUCUUUAAAAAUUAAACAACCGACAAUUCCGUUUGCUUUACCUCUGAAUCAAGUGUAGACUUUCCUCAAAUUUUCAGGAUUUUUUUAUAUUUUUUUUUGUCUUUUUUUUAAUCUAAUGCCCUGCAGCCGAUUUCAUGAAACGCUAGGAUUAACCCUAAUUCGGGUUAACGGAACUGAACACGCACUAAGUCCUAAGAUUAAUCCUAAGUCAGGAAGAAAUUGGUGAAAUUGGCGGCUGGUGAAAUGAAUCUAAUUGCAACCAGCUUGUUUUCCACUCAGUGUGAAAAUAAAUGGCAGGAAUUGUUUUGGAAUCAAUUUCAAUAUUGGUAGGAAAUCAUUUAGAAACAUUGUUCGCUAUUUUGCUGUGGCGAUCUCGACUGGCGUGUGGCAUGGUGUACCCCCUGCCCCUCCUAUUGUGUCUUCAUUAUGCUCCAGGUGUCUUAAGAAUUCUGUAGAGGAUUUAAGGGGAUACGUCUGAACAAGAGGAUAAGAGUGUCUUAAAGUAUGGGAACAUGGGGGGGGGGGGGGGGACAUCCUCUGCAACAUAUAGGGCAUGGUAUAUUGAAUGGAAUGUUUGAAGUUCCUGUGACUCUUUUUGCUCAGAAUGUACACAUUUUAAGAGGGGAGAAGCUCCAACAUAUCAUCAGUAGACCCCAGAAUGUUUUCAGGAACGCCAUCGUGGCAUGCAAUCAUUUUUAGUCAUUUUUAAAAUACCUCAUAGUUUAGACAAAAGCUAAGGCUGUUGUGUCACAAAGGAAAGGUCCAUCCUUGAUCAGACUACUGGUCUUGCUCCCUGGGUGCAAUAGCAAUAAUAAAUGCUGAUUCUCAUCUAUCCAAUAUGGAGCCAGAUUAAACUGCUCUUCCUGUCAGGGUUUCUACCAGAGGAAAACGAGAUUGGUUGCUCUAUGAUAAAAGGGUUGUUUUAAAUUAAAAAAAAUUAAAAAAAAAUCAUUCCAUUUAAUUUGUCCGGCUUUAGCUGCGUGAUCAUAAUUCAGGGAAUUUUGCAGGAGGAAACAGUUUUAGCUGAUUCAAACAAGCAUCUUGUAUUCUUGUUUCUUCAAAAAAGGAAAUUCAGAGAAGGAUUGGGUUUUUAAAACAAAGUGUCAUUUUUAAUUGUAACAAAGUCUAAAUUCCAGUAUUUUAAACAAAGAGUGACCAAAAUAGUAGAGGUUUUUUAGGUCAUUGCUGGUGAACUCUCUUAUGUAUUCUUAAUUUGGAACUGAGCAUUUUGGUUUUGUGUUCGAGAGUUUGGAACGGGCAAGUCUAGAGUGUGAUUCGAACAAAUAUUGUUUGAGUAACAAGCCACUACCCCCACCCCCCCUCCCCCCAAAAAGGGUCAGAUUUUAAAAAGAAAACUGUUUGUUUUUUACUUUAAUAUGCUUAACACUUGUGGUGAACCAGGGCCCAAUUUCAUAGAGCUGCUUAACGGCAGAUUUUGUGCUAGCUGAGUGAGUUUCCAUUGUAACUAAUUUUAAAGCUUGCCGUCAAACAAUGUAUUUCGAAAUAAAUUUAGGAAAUUUCAAGAGAUUUUAAAAUUAUUUUUAAUGCAAAAUUUGCAACUCAGGUAUUUCUUCGGAAAACUCUUGAGGUUAUUGUAAUGGAGCUGUUGGGCACAAAGUUGCUAAGUGCAGAUAAAUCUUAAGCAGAAGCUGUUACCAACCGCGUUUUGAAUUCAAUACAUCCGAUAAAAACAUGUACGGCAAAUAUUGGGUAUUGAAACAGUUUGGAACCAGUGGUUAGUAAUUUAAUUUGAUGUGUUUCGAAUCGAAGUUAAGUUGAAUUUGUUUAUUUGUUUUUUUUAUUAUCAAUUUUUUUAACCUUCCAAAAUAAGCAGCUGGUCAACUUGUUUAAAGUCGUUUAUGAAAUCUACGUUUUUCUGGGACCUUUCUUUUAAUGUUUAAGAAUGAUUCAAGUUACGAACAGGAUGGCGACUCAAGUUGAGCUGAGCACUCGUAUGCAAUUUGUAAUGAACAGGAAUUUUUAUAAAAAGAUAAUCACUUGAGGUGUGCAUGGAGACGUUACAGUUUUAAUUUCCAUGUGGGACCAUCUUAGUUUUUCACUUGUCAUAAAGGUAAAGCCCGGUUCAUACUUAGUGCGAAUGCGAAGCGAAUGUUGACGUCACAGAUUCGCUACGAAUAAUUCGCCGCAGUUGAACUCUGCUCUACUCACUUGCGAAUAUCGCUGCGAAAGGAGGGUCGUGACGUCACACUCACGUCAAAUUCGUUUCGCAUUCGCAGGAAGUAUGAACCGGGCUUUAUGUUGGUAUUGGUUCACACAGGGUUUGGUGGUUGCGGUUGCCUAUUUUGUUCACUCUGUUUAUCUAAGUGGUGCGUACACAAACUAGUCUUGUGUUACAUGAGAUUAGGCAUCACAUCUCAAACUGAUUUUCGUGAAUUUGUUGCCUCAAGUGUUUCUAGUGAGACUUAGCAAAUCGGAUGUAACGGCCAAAAGCUUUGCUGGUCGAACUGAGUACUCCAUAUUCAAUUUAGUAUUAAGACAUUUUAUGAGACUAGAAACACAAAGUCUAAACAUUUGAUUGGUAAGUUUGAUUUGAAGAGUUGAGUUGUUUUACGGAGUAGUGCUUACUCAAACCAGUUAUGUAUAGCUCAACACUUAGCCUACUUGAUCCAUAGUAUUUCACAUUGUUGGUCGAGUAGUUUAUACUCAAUUCAGUCUUGUGUGAGGACUAGUCAUACCAAAUCCAACAUCGUACACAGGUGUGGUAGCCGAGUUUGCAAAUGUUGUUCUCUGUUGGACUGAGUAAUGUAUACUCGAAUCAAGUAUGGAUUGAUCAAUACUUGGUUUACUUGGACAUCAAUGUACUACAACAUGGUAUGAGACUAUCUAGUUGUAACAAAUCCUACAUCAUUCACAUGGUGUGAAUAACAGGUGUGGUUGCUGAAUUUGCAAAUGUCAGACUCUGUUAAAACUAAGUAGUGCAUACUCGAACCAGUAAUGUAUUACUCAAAGCUUUGGGUGCUCGGUCCAAAAUAUUGAUCUUUAUAACAUACAAGUAUUAGCUUAUUAACAAAUCCAACAGGAGAGUCAUACAACAGAGUAGAAUCCUUGGCAGUAGUUCUUCCAAAUGCAACCAAUUUCAUACCUUACCUUAGAAAUAUAAUACUUUCCUUUCAUACUAGAAAUAAUAGCAAUUGAAGGUUACAUUACAGACAGGUGUUGAUUAUGGACAGUGCAUUUAAAAUGCAUGAAUAAGUGGAUUUAUGAUGGAGCACAUACAUUGUACGGGUUUCUGUGAUACGCAUCUUCUUUAUAUUAUAGUUGUAUAAAAGUGAAGUCUUUUACUUCUUGUAAAUACAUUCUGUAGGGGAGAUUUUAAAAAAGAAAAUUCUAAAAAAAUACAGCUGUUUUGGCCAUUAUUAUUAUUCCCUUGUAAGGUUGCUUUAUUUCCAAAGUGUAUAUUCCAAUGUUCCCUGUGGUGCAAGCUGAUCAAUCUAUGCCUUACAUGUGUCUGAGAUAAACUUCCUUUUUCGCAGGAAAAAAAGUUUGUAAUUUAAAAAUUCAUGACAAGAUAAGAAAAGAAUUUUGUGAGAUUUGUUUUUAAAUGUAACUUCCUUUUUCGCAGGAGAAAAAGUUUGUAAUUUGAAAAUUCAUGACAAGUUAAGAAAAGAAUUUUGUAAAUGUUGAAACAAAUCUUGUUUACAAGUUAUUUUAUAAUUUUUUAUUACAUGGUUGAAAAUCUAUUUCAGAAUUGUUAGUCAGAAAAAAAGUUGAUGUACAUUGUACAUGGAUCAUUUGGUUUCUUCAAAUUUAUCGUUCAACACAUUAUAACCCAACAGAUCCAUAUAAAGUAUGCCUGUCAGAUGACAUUGUGUUCUCUUUAUAAUUUUGAUAGGGUUAUUUUAAACCCCACACCAAAAAUAAUGUUCUCAAACGAAUAUUUGAACAAAAUCUAACAAACCAUUCAUAAUGUAGGCAUGGAUUGUUCAUGUUGUUCCACAGUUGCUGUAAAUUGAAGGCUUAUUUUAUUUUAACUAAAACUUGAAGUUGUGAUUUCAGAAUUCUAGCUGAACAGAUCUUGUAGUAAUAAAGAAGAAGAUAUGGUAAUCGUUUUUUUUUUUUUUUUCUUCUGUUGAGAAUUUUGGGAUUGCGUGCUAGAAAAUGUGCCAAAAGAAUAAACUUUUUUUGUUUUCCAUUAAUUUUUUUUUUUCAAACUGGAAACUAAAAACUCUGACUUGCUACAGCAAGAUUAUGCUCUCUCUGUUUUUGCAUCAUGCAGGGCAAAUCGACUUGGCCACUAUGUAUGUGUGAUGAUCAUGACACAUUAUACACACUUCUGGAUUAUUUAUCUACUAAGAUUCAGACCGCCCACUGUGAGUCGAGUGUGAAGCUCAGGCAUGUAAAUUCUGUUAAACCUCUGCGCUUAUUUAGAAGGAAUAAACAAUUUUCGGCCUAAGAUUUAGGGGUCCAGUAGCGGACUCUGGAAAGCUGUAUAUACUAACACAGGACUUGCCUACUGUAGACUUAUGAAAUUGUUGUGAACCGGGACACCCUAGUACUGCAUGCUUGUUUUCAAAAAGCCAUUGUCUAUGAUGAGGAUGGUGCCGUUACAAUUUUAUCUCAUUUGAUACAUGAAAAUCAUAUCUGAUGAAAAUCAUAUCUAUUAUUUUUAAACUUUGGACAAUGGUUCAUUACCUAUCUGAAUGCAAAGACAACGUAUACUCAUGUUGACCUAAAUCUACUGUUUCUCCAAUUAAUUGUGAUGUUAUUUGAAAGAUUGGUUAGAUAAUCAGUGCUCCUGGGUUAGGCUGAUCCAAUUACAAAUUAUUUUUACGGAACAGAAAUUUACAGAUUCUUAAUAAGGUGCCCUUUGCCCAAGGAGAAUAUGCACGGUGCCCUUGCCCUUUCAGAAACAACACAUACAGGCUUGCUAGUCAAACCAUGGUUUAAACAAUGUGGCGUUCGGCUAGAGUUAACUAGAUUUACUAUGGUCAAGUCUAGUUAUAAACUCUAGUCACCAAUUCUAACUUGCUGUAAAACGUCUUGGCAUUUUUAUAUCUCUUAUCGAAUGAUAAAUGUUUUGACUCAAUACUCGUAUAAAAAAAGGUUACCAUGGAACCAUCAUCAUGUUAGCUUUCAGAAAGUCUGCAUAAUGAGAAAUGAGCGUGUAUUUGAUAAUAACCAGGACUCUAUUCAGGUCAAAAUAGGGGAGUUGUUUUUCCAAUCCUUUCUUUCAUAUCAGGCUUUGUUUCCUAAUUGCUGAUAGAACUCAAGCAGAAGUGAGAAUUUUAACAAGUGCCGCGGCCAAGAUCUUGGAAAGUAGAGUGGGCAACCAAUUGGAUGCAAAAGACGGGGAAAAACAGGUGUCAAAAAGGAAACUACACUGGCGUCCCUCUAUUUAGCUGAACACUAUGGCUUAUGCCGUCAUCUUAAAAAAUCACUACAGUCUACUCUCAUUAUAACAAGAUCCCUGGGACCAGCCCAAUUACCGUGACAGGAACAUUGUGAUAAGGAACAGCAGAAUAAAGAAACAGAAAUGAGAUUCAAGACUCUCUAUAUAAGCAGAACCUUAGUAUAGCAAUUUGCUCAACGAGGUUUGAUUGUUGACUAGAGGUAUAAAGCUGUGCUUGAUGUACUUAUGGCAUGCAGUACUUGCUUUGUGAUCCAAAUUGAAAAGCUGGUCACACACACCAAAGCAUAUUAAAUUGCACUAUGUCAUUUUUGAACUGUAUGGCUCUGGUAUUAAUAGAAACUGCAUACAAUUAUUGAGUGAAAGAAAGGCAUACAGGCCGAGUCACACUGCAGCGAUAACGAGAAUGAUCGUGACACAAAGAGAACGCAUUGUAUUGGUCUCUUUGCGUCGUUAUCGUUGUCGUUAUCGCUGCGGUGGGACCGGGCCUUUACGGUUAAUAAUACAUAAUCCAGCAUAAGGUUUCUCCAGAGAGCAUUGAACAAACCAAUUAAUGAGAAAGGCCUCUCUAAUUAAAAAACUGUACUUCUUGAAGGUUUUCCUGUUUAUAUAUUAAUUAUGUCUCAAAACUACAUAAAAUCUCUGCACACAGAAUGUUUUGACGUGUCCUUGUGCUGAACAAAAUUAUGUUAACAUGCAGUUAUUUGUUACAUCGGUUUUACUCAAAUAAAGUGUGGAACAAAUUUGGUUUUCAAUUUAUUUGAAGGAUACGAUAUAGCACUGAGAAUCUCAGAAAACAAUUCAUCAGUGGUGAAGGUAGGCUACAGCUAAAGUCAGUUAUUUGAGAAGACGGGCAGAGUUUGCAAAAAUGACAUGGACCGAUAUGUUUCAAUGUGAAACUUGACUGUACCAAUCCUCAAGAGAAAUACAUACACCUGAAAUAGUGUUCAAGUCAGGGAAAAAAAUACCUUACAAAAGUUGUUAUUACAAUUGCUGCAAUCAAUUUUGCACCUGGAACACCCAGCAGGGUGGAUAUGUGCGCAUUUCAAGUCUUUAUUAUUAUUAAUUUAAAUAAGCCAGAUAUUAUUAUGCACAAAUCCCUGACAAAGCGUAAACUGCUUUUGCUCUUUUCACUUGAAGAGGGGCUCGAAGGUCAAAUGACAUUUUGUUGAUCCACUCGUUUUUCAAUAGAGCUUAAAUGAGAGUAUUUAUUAGGGGAAAAACUCUUUAAAUAUGGCCUCAUAUGAUAUAAUAAAUUUUCAGGAUUGGAAAUGGCUUACUCUACCGAAAACUAGAUUUGGGCUUCCCGUACAGGUACUUGACCUCAAUUCGUGCUUUCAUAUCAUUGUGCUUAUAUAUAUAAUACAGAAGAUAUUGAUUGGCCUUCAUUCAUGUUUCCCUUCAGAUUAUGGCGUUGUCAAAGCAUUCAGCUAUUCAAGUAUGUAAACCCAUCAGUGCUGUCGUGGUUACUCAUCAUUUUUGGGGGUUUAUUUCAAAUUAGGACUGGCAUGAGAUUGAGUUUUUGAGUAUUCACUAAUUUCCUGGUGAUGUUUUGUGCUUUGUUGUUUGUGUAAGCAUUGGUCUUGAAAGGACUAUGAGUCAGGUGAAGCUUGGUCUCGUGGCAAAGCGUGUUCCUUGAAUCCAAUGCCUAGUUUUCGUUGUACAAAAAAGAAGCCAGACUACUCGUCCUUCCAGCCUCGGUUUGGUUAUAUUGAUUUCAUUGGGAGAUAAUCAAUAUGGCUGCAACAUAAUAAAAGUUUGUUGACACUCAACGGUUAAAAGACCUGUCAAUUCAGCUCCCUUUUCGUGAAUAUAAAUUAAGAAGUUAAUGUACCAUUGUCAGAAAUAGGGAAGUGGAAGGAGGUUGCAACGACAUAAAAGUCUUGUCUACGAUAAGUCUAUUGUUAAGUAAAAUCCAUUCUAAAACAAUUUAUUUGUCAUUUUGGAGUAGGUGUUUUAGUCGAGAACUCCCCACUGUGGUCUUGGUCUCCCCUUCGAACUACAAAAUGUCAUGGUCUCGGAGGGCUGGUCUCGGUCGAACUUGUCUAAGUCUCGGUCUCGAUGGGGAGGUCUUGGGUGCGGUGGGGAGACCUACAACACUGAGGCCUCCCCCUCAAAGUGGAUUACUUAAAAUUAAUGUUUAAAAAAAGAACUGGCAAUUCAUAAAAAGGGUAUUUAUAGAGCACACAUGAAAAAGCAGUGGGGACUAAUUGCCAAAUAAUGUUUUUUUUUAUUUAUUUAUUUUUUUUUAUCAUGAAUUAGAGAUUUGUUUAUUAGGUGGAAGUGUAUUACCAGUGUGGCAUGUGUUUUAACAAUCUUUUUAAAAGUGGUUGUAUUUUUUAACUUUAGUGUUUUAAUUAAACUCUGUAACUACAGAAGUGUUUUUAAUUGACAACCUCGAUGUUAUUAAGAGUUUACACCUUGUAACAUAUUAUUGUAAAUUACCUUAAACAAAAAUUGGAUGUCACACACUGUAUAGUUUAACUGUCAACUUAACUUGGGUUCGGGACUCUAGUGAAAAGGUUUUGCAGCUGAAAGAUCCAUUCACAC